AUGAUCUACCAGUCGCAGAACCCCAAGAUUUCAUUCGCUCCCAAGCUGACCGUUUGGUCAUGGCUUCUAGAGUCCAAGCCUCUAUCUUCUGAUCGUAACGCCCCAGGCUUCACUGACGCUAUCACCAAAGAGCACAUUACCUUCCAAUCUCUCAAAGACUACGCAACAACUUUAUCAUCGGCCCUCGUUACCAACUACGGCCUUUGUCAAAAUGACACUGUUGUUGCGUUUGCGAAAAACUCCAUUUGGUAUCCUGUGGCGACACUUGCUGCCGUUCGUGUUGGAGCAGUAGCUUGCGGCGUAUCGCCCGAGUACACCGUUGAUGAGUUUCACUACAGUCUCAAGACUAGCAAAGCAAAAGUUAUCUUCACGACGGUUGAUAAUUUUGAUAUAGCCAGCGCUGCAGCCAAAAAAGCCGGGAUUCCGCCACAGAAUGUACUCUUACUCGAGGGUUCCAGACAAGGCGUUACAAGCAUCCAAGAGAUAUUCAAAACCUUCAAGGGUCUCGUCGAGGUACCUGCACUCCAGGUCGCGGAUGGAAAGACAAACCGGGAUAUCUGUGCCUUUCUCUGCUUCAGCAGCGGUACUACCGGGUUGCCAAAGGCAGUCAUGAUCUCACACGCCAACAUCAUCGCCCAAUGCAUCCAAACCUCAGACAUCACGCUCCCUAAUCACAACCGAAUCCUGGCAGCCCUGCCUUUUCACCAUAUUUCGGGCAUAGUACAUCAACUACACUUACCCAUUCACCGGAACGCCAAUGUCUACGUCUUACCUAAGUUCACCCUGGACUCACUCCUCAAGACUGCCUCUGAGACUAAGAUCAGAGAACUUAUCAUCGUUCCUCCGAUAUUUAUCAGACUUGUCCGUGAACCGGAGCUCGUGUCAAAGUACGAUCUAUCUCAUGUUGAGCGGUUCUCAUCUGGCGCAGCACCUUUGUCUCGAGAGAUUUUGACUCUUCUUGAGAAGACCUUUCCUGGGACCGGUUUCAAGCAGGGCUACGGUAUGACUGAGUCAUGCUCGACAAUUACAUCGCAUCCCCCUUCCAAGUAUGCCUAUAAAUACGCCCAUCGGGUUGGUAUGCUGGUAGGAUCAACGGAGGUACGGAUUGUGGAUAUUGACACUGGCGAGGACUGUGAAGUUGGCAAGGCAGGUGAGAUUUGGGCUCGUGGACCACAAAUUGCAAUGGGCUAUCUCGAUAACCCUGAGGCAACCGAGAGCACAUUCGACAAGGAUGGCUUCUUGCAUACUGGCGAUAUAGGCUACUUGGAUCAUGAUGGGAUGCUGGCCAUCACUGACAGGCUGAAGGAGAUCAUCAAGGUCAAAGGCGUUGGAGUUGCUCCCGCAGAGCUCGAGGGCCUUCUUCUCGGACAUCCACACGUCAAUGAUGUUGCUGUGUGCGGUAUUCCCGAUGAGCGGGCAGGUGAAAGGCCCAAGGCGUUUGUAGUUCUCAAGUCUUUUAAAGUCUUGAAGCCGGUUGAAGCUGUAAAGGAGAUAUUUGAGCAUGUGAAAAAGGAAAAGGCGCGACACAAGUGGCUUAAGGAGAUUGAGCUUGUGUCUACGAUACCGAAGAGCCCGGCUGGCAAGAUUCUAAGGCGCAAGCUGCAGGGUCAGGCUUCAAGUGGUAGUCGGAACGUGGUAGUGAGGGAUACUGGUGUGGCAGCUAAGCUAUAG